AUGGCUAAUGAAAUUGAAGAUCCUAUAUUGCUAAACAGAGCUCAUAUUCUGCUGGAAAAAUUAGCGUUGGAACUACAAGAUUUAUACCUAUAUCGUGAUUUGUUUUUUGAAAAUCACUCUAUUGACAUGGCAAAGGAUAAACACAAAUGCGUUGAAGAGAGGAAGGAGAGUUUAUUAAAAAACUUUGAAAGGGUCAAUGUUGAGACACAAAUUCCCUUUUCAAUGAGAGCCAGAUUCUACUACUUAGAAGGACGAUGCUAUAAUGUAAGCAUAAAAUAUGAUGCAAGAGCUACACAAUGUUUAAGUAAGGCAGUUAAAUUGAACCCACAUUUGGUAGAAGCGUGGAAUGAAUUAGGGGAGUGCUAUUGGAAGAAUAUUAAUGUUAAGGAGGCAAAAGCUUGCUUUGAAGGUGCUUUGAAACAUGAACGCAAUAGGAUAACACUGCGGUGUCUCUCCAUUAUAUUACGACAAGAAGCUGCUACAAAAAAGGAGGGUGAUGCAACACAAAUGAUCCUCAAAAGUGUUGAAUUCGCCAAAGAGGCUGUCUCUCAGGACACUAAGGAUGGACAGUCAUGGAUAAUACUUGGAAACUCAUACUUAUGCCAAUAUUUCACUGUGCUACAAGAUCCGGCUAUUUUGAAGCAAUGCAUGAGUGCAUACAGACAAGCAUACAUGGACCCAGUGGCGAGAGGACAGCCAGAUCUCUAUUAUAAUAAAGCUAUUGCCUUGAAAUAUGAUGAAAAAUACAGUGAAGCCAUAGAAACAUUUGACCAGGCGUGCAGGCUGGACCCGCUGUGGAUGCCCCCAGACCGUGAACGUACUAAGCUCAGGCAGUUCUUGGCUAGCGCCGUAGAUCUGCUGCGCACGCGCGGGAAGAUCAAGUGCAAACGACUUGCUACUAUGCUACAGGCCGUGGAUAAAAAAAUGCUUGGCGACUAUCAGCCCGGGCACAUUGUGAGCCUUGGGCCGAAACGCGCCGUUUUGUUGGAACAAGUGCGCAUCGACGCUCUACAAGAGGGGUCCAAUGAGGGCAAAGUGAUUUUGGGACGUGUCGUCGGGUCCAUACACAGCGAGAAUGCGGUGCCAUUCGCCUUCGCCAUUAUAGACGAGAGCAUGAAGUGCAUGAUAGUCACCGCAUACAACUGGGCAGCCGGGAGGGGCACCCUCAUAGGCGACUGGGUCGCUAUACCCGAGCCCCAGGUCAGCUCGCACCACGUGGUCACACCCGAAAUGACAUACACAUUUAAGUCAAUCCGCAUCAACAACCCGAUGACCCUAUACGUGAAUGGACGUCGCGUAGAACGGGGACAAGUAGCAGCCACGCGGGUGUCCAGCACGUACGAGAUGCACUGA